AACAAACUGUUACAAUGGCAACCAUAGCAGAGCUCAAAUGCGCUCUGAAAGAAACACUGGAGUCUCGCGGAGUGCUUGGACAGUUGAAAGCGCGGAUACGUGCAGAAGUGUUCAAUGCACUUGACGACCAGAGUGAACCGCGUCCUCCCCUGUCGCACGAAAAUCUUUUGAUCAACGAGCUCAUACGCGAGUAUUUGGAAUUCAAUAAGUACCGAUAUACAGCGUCUGUGCUCACUGCUGAGUCAGGACAGCCUGAAAUACCCCUGGACCGGGAGUUUCUGGCAAAUGAACUGAAUGUUUCAGAAGAUGUCAGUUCGAGAUCUGUUCCCCUUCUCUAUGGCCUGAUUUCCCAUUUUGUGAAUAGCACCGGAGAAAACAAAGGAAAACUAUUCAUCAAAAGCACAGCAUCCCUUCCUUCAAGGGAAACCAACAGGCCCCCUGAUGCUGAAUCAUAACCAAAUGUGUGAGAGACAGUGUGCCUAAUUUUUGAUGUUUCAUUGUGAGAUUUGACAGUUCUUACUUGGCUGACGUAAGAUUGCAUGUGAAAGUGGUUGUUCAGCAAAACUUAAUUUGUGACCGUGUAAUGGUAAAUCUAAUGAGAGUCUGUUGUUGGCCAGAGAAUGACCAAAAAAAAAAAGAACGUCUUCAAAUAAGAUGUUUAUUUUAACAGUCAUGUCUGGCUCUCCAGGUUAUCAGUCAUAAGCCUGGAUUGUUAGCUGAUCUAUCUGGCCAAGUGUCUUGAAUGCUCACUGUUAUGGUUAAAUGUAAUCAACACCCAUGGCUUGUACUAACACAAGGGUCUCUUACGAAAAUCACACUUCAUUCAUUGGAGGAGAAUAAUGGGCUGUUUGCCUAAGAUGUUAAACAAUGGUUUUCCAGAAACAGUGCAUCCAUUAAAAUAUGCCUGUGUCUGGUCUGCAGGGUCUUUUGAUUGCUUUAAAAUGGAUACGCAGGAGGCUUUUGGAACCCUUGACAUACAAGAGCUUUAUACAUAACCAAGCUGCACCACUUAUGGCAGUCUGUGUCUGCAGGUGG